AUGGACUACUACGGAGGCGGGCAACAAGCCCAGAUGCAAGUUCAAUGGAACCAUCAGGAUAUGAGGAGCCUCAAGGUGGACGAGAUCAUGGUGCAGGAGACCAACGAGGGGGUGCAAGCGCUGCAGAAGGACCUUGUUGCCGUUGCCGAGAUGCAACGCAUGACCGCCGAGCUUCUUGCCGAGACGCGGGAGCAGGUCGACCACGUCAUCCACGACAACAUCCACUCCUCUGACGCCGUCACCCAUGGUGCCGCCUUCACCCUGGCCGAGGCCAGUUACACGAACGGAGCGAAGCACAUGGUGAUCGGUGGCGUGGUGGGAGGCGUGGUGGGCGGCGUGGCCGGAGCCGUCAUCGGUGGCGCUGUCACGCACGGCGCCGGCGUUGCCCUCACUGCGGCCGGUGGUGCUGCCCUCGGCGCUGCGGUGGGCGCGGGAACCGGCAAGCUGAUCGCCAUGGACCAGAACCGGAUCGUGGAGAAGGAGCUGCAGGGCCUCACGCAUUCGCGGACGUGGAUACCCGACGACGAAGCCCCCGUCUGCAUGCGAUGCUCCCGCGGCUUCACCGUGACCAAGCGAAGGCACCACUGCCGCAAGUGCGGAGGCGUGUUCUGCGGUAAGUGCUGCGGGACGAAGCAGUACCUGGAGUACGAGGGCGUGAAGCACCUGAAGAAGGAGCGCGUGUGCGACGGCUGCAUCAUGGCCCCGGCCGUGGCGGCCGCCACGCGGAAGACCUCCAAGCGGUUCUGA